AGGCGGCCGGGGCUGCACGGCGGCGGCGGGCGGAGCGGCGCGGCACACGCGGCGGCAGCUCCCUCCGCAGCCCCGCGCCUCCACAGCCCCGCCGCCGCUGCGCCGGGAAUGGCCGCCCCCUGCCGCGGCGCCCCGCGAUAGCCCCACGACCCGCCGCGUCGCCGAGGUGUUCAUCUCGGUGGGGCCACGCUGACCAUGCUCAGGAGCUUCUGUCUCCAGCUCAUGUCCUUGGUUUGGAUCCUCUUAGCCCAUCACCAGUUUGCUCAAGGUGAUGACUGCAGCGAGCGCUGUAAUCUUGCCCAUGGCUGCUGUGACCAGGAUGGGAAGUGCAGGUGUGAUCCAGGCUGGGAGGGCGAGUACUGCGAGGAUUGUGUGCUUAUGCCGGGCUGUCUCCAUGGGACAUGCCACCAGCCUUGGCAGUGCAUCUGUCACACUGGCUGGGCUGGCAAGUUCUGUGACAAAGACAUACACAUCUGUGAACACCAGUCCCCAUGCCAGAACGGGGCUCAGUGCAUCUAUGAUAGAGAUGGGGAAUAUUCCUGCCUGUGUCCAGAAGGCUUCCAUGGGAAGGACUGUGAGAUGAAGAUGGGGCCAUGUGAGAAGGCAGGGUCUCCGUGCAAGAAUGGGGGGCAGUGUCAAGAUGAAAACGGCUUUGCGAGCAACUUCACCUGCCGCUGCCUUGCCGGCUUCGUGGGGGAGCUCUGUGAGAACGACGUGGACGAUUGCCUGAUGCGCCCCUGUGCCAACGGCGCCACCUGCCACGAUGGCAUCAACCGCUUCUCCUGCCAGUGCCAGGUGGGCUUUGAAGGGCGUUUCUGCACCAUCAACAUCAACGACUGUGCCAGCCAGCCCUGCAAAAACGGGGCCAAGUGCUACGACCGCAUCAAUGACUAUGACUGCUUGUGUCCUGAUCGUUUCACUGGCAAAACCUGUGAAAUCUACGUCCCUGAGCCCACCUGGGCUUCCCCCUACCACCCUGUGAACCAUGAGGAUGGCAGGGGUGUGAAAAGCACCACUAGCGAGAUGCCAGGGGUGACACAGCCAGCGCCUGUCAGGACUGCAGUCACGGGGCAGCGCUUGGCCAACCACAGUGAGAAAGAGACGGGGGGAGGGUUGCUGAAAAUCUCUGUGAAGGAAGUGGUGACCCAAAGGGACUCAGGUCUGAGUGAAGUCCAGCUGGUGACAGUGCUAGUGUUUGGGGUGCUGACGGCAGUACUGGUCCUCAUCACUGUUCUGCUAAUGCUGAGGAACUGGCAGAGGGGCCGUCAGAGAUCGAACUGGUGCCAAAGCUCUUCUCAAGCUGCAAGGAAGCUCCAAGACCAAGAGUGUCAGGUGGGCAUGCUCAACACUGUCCUCAUCGAGCCUAGGAAGACAACAGAGCUGUGAGCUACAAAGACUGAGCUGGGCCCUGGCAGGUCAUUGUGCUGGCAAACCCCUUGAACUGCACCCUGGGGAGCUGAGCUGGCACCAGCUAGACAGCAGGGAAGAGCUCCCGGGGCAGUGAAUAUGUCAACAAAACCCCUGGGUGUUGAGCAUUGGUGUGACAGCUUCACCUGGCUCUGAGCUGUCUCCUGCCUGGCCAGUGCAGCCAGUACCCACGGGUAUCUGAAAGCAGGGCUGGGUUGGGCCAGCUCUGCAGGGAAGUGGUAACAUGCUGCUUGUGGCAGCCCACACUAUGCAGUGCUGAUACUGUCCAACCUGAGCUCUCAGAAACAGGAUGGGUAGUGCUGAGGAGUGCAUGGCCUUCUUGCAAGCCCAAAUCUGCCAGGCCCUUUAUAACUCCCUCUUUGGGACUACUGGAAAUGGCUUUGUCCUCAUUUCCACUGGUGUUGGGAUGUUUCUUCUGGGGCAUUUGGGAUGACGCAGCCUCCCUGCCCCAGCACUGAAUGGGGUGCCUCCUGGCUGUUUCUGGAGGCUGUUCUUUCAGAUGCUGUCCCUAGGGAGUAAGCAAACAUCCUUGCUCUUUGGUUUUGUGGUUCUGUAAGCCAGUUCAGAGACUCUGGAGAUAAUGUGGGGGUCUCCUUAUGCCCUUCUUCUGCCCUUGGUAAUGCUCCUUCCUCUUGCUGUUGGACCUGGGGUUACAAACACAUUCUGUACUUUCCUCCUGAUGAUCCAGGUGUCUUCUUUUCCCUCUUGCCAAGCCGUCCUUUCUGGCCUGGCCACAAAUGACCCAGCUCCUUCCCGUCUUCAGUGUGCACUUCUCCCUCACCAUUUGCUGACAUGGAAGAG